CUCCAUCUGAGCUCACGACGCCGUGAACUUCAGUGUCACACUGACCCCCCCGGUUCCCAAAUCCCAGGAUAGGAAGGUUCAGUUAGGGUUUAAUUCACUCUUCUCUUUCAAAAUAAAAUCCCCAAAUUUUCUGAAAAGAAUACAAUUUCGUCACUCAUUCAGCUGAAUAAGAUGGCUUUUUGGUGUAGAAUCAACCAAUCAAAACAUCUCAAACUCAUAACUUAUCAGUUGAAGAGACGUUACAUUCAAGUUCCCCAAUUAAAUUCCUCCGUUACAGAGUCAAGAAUUUGUGCUGUAGAGAAUCCCUUUUGGGGAAUUGUUAAAAAACACACUGAUUUUUGCAACAAUGUGAGGUUUUUUGCUGCUCCAGUUCAGCCAAAGAAGGAAGAGAAGGACCUGACUGGGCCACGCAUAAAUGAACAAAUUACUGCUCAGUUUGUUCGGCUUGUGUUGGAGGAAGGACAUAAAAUUGUCUCAAGGCAAGAAGCGCUUGAUCGUGCUUGGAGGCUCAAGCUUGAUUUAGUUGAGGUUCAAAGAAAAGCCGAUCCACCUGUCUGUAAAAUCAUGGACUUCCACAGAGAGAAAUACAAAAAAGAAGUACAGGGAAAGGAACGUGCUAAAGCCAAGUCUGAUGUGACUUUGAGAAAAGGAAAUUUCAAAGAGGUUAAAUUCGCUGGGAAAAUUGAGCAAAAGGACUUGAAGAUGAAGGCAGAUACAAUCAAAAGAUUGAUGGAGAGUGGUUAUAGGGUGAAGUGUAUGGCCGUGCCUGUGAAUAAAAAAGAAGAAGGAGAGGACUUGGGAGGAUAUUUAUCUCGCCUGCUUCCUUUGGUUGAAGAUGUAUCUAUUAUUGAAAGUGGACCGCAUGUGGAGAGAAAACAGGCAUAUAUUAUAAUCAGGCAUGUCAAAUUUGGCCCGGCAAAGAAAGGCGUUAAAAAACCCAAGUUUGUUGGAUAUUCUAGUGAUGUAGUUUCUAAGGGUGCAGAGACUACUUCAGGUGAUAUUCCCACCUCUGCACUGUGUGAGGAAGGUCCUGCAGGAAUUGGCUUAGAAGAUGAGUCAUUUACGGAUGAAGCUGACCUGUCAAUCCCUCCACCAGUAAUGCAGAAUUUUACGAAAAAAGUAAUGAAUUCUGCGCCAGAAACAGUUCAUACACCUGCAAAUUUCAGUUCUUCAAAAUCUUCACGUUCCCAGCCAGUGCAUGGUUUUGCAAGAGCAGACACACCUUCAUCUUCCUCACCAGAGCCUUCUCUAGGAGCUGACAACAGGUACAAUAGAAGUGAAGCAAGGAAUCAGUUCCCACCUACUAGACCAGUGGAUAAUCGGCGCCCAGGUAUGAGAGACUCUGUCAGGUCAGAAGCCCAGCUUCCAAAUCAAAGAAGGCAACCACCAUUAGAUACGAACCCAGGUAUGAGAGACUCUGUCAGGUCAGAAGCCCAGCUUCCAAAUCAAAGAAGGCAACCACCAUUAGAUACGAACCCAGGUGUGAGAGACUCUGUCAGGUCAGAAACCCAGAUUCCAAAUCAAAGAAGGCAACCACCAUUAGAUACGAACGUCUUGCCCUCAGGAGAGAGAAAGCAAGUUGGGGUUGAUUCUUCUGUUUUUAGGAACACAAGGCCUCCUAGUAAUAUACCCAAGCGAGAACCUUCUGGUUCUGGUCCCAAUAUCCCUGGUAACCCAUCUUCUAGUUAUGGAAUUUUCAGCAACCAAAAAGCCAAUGUUCCUGGAAAUCCUGGCUCGGCAGGGCCUGGGGCAAAUAAAAACAUUCCAGGUUCAAAACCAGAUGGUAGCCAAAGACCAGGCACGGGUAACGGUGGGGAAGCGAAAUGGGGAAUAUUCAGUAGAUAGAAGUUGAAUCAAUGCAGCAUUCCACAGAACAUUCAGAACAAACUACAGUGAUCUGGAUAAUCAAGAAGACUAUGAUACUGGCCUCUAAUAUCCGCGAGUUGCGACAUUUUUGGUAACAAUUUCCAUCUAUCAUCCAUGGAUCAUCGGUUUGUUAACCAUCAUUAUCUUCUCUCAUAUAUAUUGUUUUUUAAAGUGCCUUUGAUUAAAAGGGCGGCGGAAACUUUUUUAAUGUAUCACUUAUCAGUAAAUUAUUCCUUUUCAAGACUGAGUAGUGGCAUAUUUAUAAUGCUAUCAUGUUAUGAACAAUUUUGGGGAAGAGAAGAUUAUUCUUUCAGAUGGGAGAUCACAGGUCAAUAAUAAU